UAGAAGCCGUUGGAUUUCUGGUACGAAAAGUGGCAUCAAAUCAAAUCAAUGCUAAAGACGAGCACGGACAUGGCACCACACAGCAGAACAACACACGCCCUACCCUUCAAUUGCUUCUUUCUUACUCACUGAACGCAACCCCCUUUACUUUGCAUUCCCAGAUUCAUUUCGCACAACCUUAAUUUCACGUAUAACGCUAACAUAACUUUUUCAUUCCAUUCAUUGCCUUUUUCCGGAUUCUACCUUGCCGUUUAGAAGUUGGAAUAGAGAAUUGGAGCUGGGUGGAUGGAGGAUGACAAGAGGAAGAAGAAGAACAAGAAGAAGAGGAACAAACAAAGUAAGAAUUCGGAGAAUGGGGUAGGAGAAAUUGCCAAUAGGGAUCACAAUCUGGAGAGUAAUGGAAAAGAUGAGCAUUCUAUUCUUUCAGAGACUGCUAAUGAGAAAAACUCGAAUGGGGUUGGAGAGACAUCAAUUGGGAAUGAGAAUAUGGUAAAUAAGGGUAAGGAUGAGCAUGCUCGUCUUUCGGGAGUCACCAAUGAGCAAAGUGUGAAUGAAGUUCGGAAUGGGGUUGUUGAAGCCCCCAAUACUGAUCAGAAUCUAGUGAAAAGUGGAAAGGAUGAGAAUAUUCCUACAUUGGAGUAUGCAGAUGCGCAGAAUAUUGGUAUGGGUUUGAAUGGUCAUCUGCCAAACGGUAAAGAAUGUACCACAUCAGAAGAGACGAUCAAGAAAUUAAAAGAAGAAAAUGAUAUGUUAAUUCAGAAUGAGACCUUAUCAAAAGAGACAAUCAGGAAAUUAAAGGCGGAAAAAGAUAUGCACAUUCAGAAGGAGAUUGCAUCAGAAGAGACUAUCAGAAAAUUGGAAGAAAAGAAUGAUAUGCAUGUUCAGAAAGAGGUCACAUCAGAAGAUACAAUUAGAAAUUUGAAAGGAGAGAAUGACAUUCACAUUCAGAAGGAGGCCCUAGCACUGGAGACAAUAAGAAAAUUGAAAGAAGAAAAUAAAUUGCAAGUUCAGAAAGCGGUUGCCUUGGAAGAGAUCAUCAACAAUCUCCGGACUGACAAUGAACUGCAUACACAUGAACAAACUAGUCUGGAAAUUAGAAUUGGACAAUUGCAAAUUGAGAAUAAUUCCUUAGUUCAAAAAGAGGUUGAAUUGGUGGAAAAAACUAAACAGUUGCUGGAUGAAAAGGGGAGUUUAGAGCAAAAAAUAAAUCUUCUAGAGAAUGAUUUGAGUUCUUCUAGAGAGAAAGAGGUUGGACUGGAAAUAAGAGUAGCACAGUUGCAGAGUGAAAAUAAUUCCUUACUUCAACAAGGGGCUACGUUGGAAGAUAAAAUAAAUCAGUUGCUGAAUGAAAAGGCAGUUUUGAGCUUGAAAGGAGAGAGUCUAGAACAAAAGAUAUAUGUGCUGGAGAAUGAGUUCAGUUCUUUUGCUGAGAAGGCGAACUCAACUGAAGAAACUACAAACUUGAAUGGAGACAUUGCCAUGCUAAAAGCGCAGGUGGCAGAGUUGGAGGAGUCUAGCAGUAAUCUUUUGCUAGAAAACCAGCAAUUGAGGGAAAAAGUGUCAAGUCUUCAGUCAAUAGUCCAGAAUCUUGAGAACAACAACUCUUCUUCCCAUUCACGGGACACAUCUCAACAGAAUCUUGCUUCGGAAAAUGAGGACUUGAAGUCUCAAAUUGAUGCCACCUUUACGUUGGUGGAGAAAUUGAUGUCAGAAAAUGCGGAACUUGUUGAGAAGGUGACCGAGUUAUGUGUUCAGCUGGAACAACGAAGUGCGAAAGUUGAACAUUCUGGAGUUACGGAGCCUGGUGGGAUCAAUGAAUUCACUAAACCUGUUGGUCUUAACAUUCCUGUACCUGAAUCUACUGAGACUGCAUCUGGAUCAGCUCCAGAGUUUAACUCGUCUGAAGAAGAUACAUCAGUGAAGGAUAGUGGUAAAUCAAUUGAUGCCAAGCGUGUUGUCAGGGUAAUGUCGAACUCGUCUUUGGUAUCUGAUGAUACCGGAGAGAUUGUGCAAAUUCCGUUGGAUGAUAACGAAGUACAAGAUUCAGAUUCCCAUGAUGAUGACAGUAAUGUGGAAAAUGAUGUACCAAUCACAGAUGCUCCCCUUAUUGGAGCUCCAUUUCGCUUGAUAUCAUUUGUUGCUAAGUACGUCAGUGGUGCUGACUUGGUUGAGCAAACAUCUUCAAACACCGCUCGUUGACUUCUUAUACUGGAUUCUUGAUUGCCCCCUUCUUGGCAUGUCUUUCAACAUACAAUAACCUUACUUACAUUAGGCAGAAUACCAAUAUAGUUUGGCCUAAAUUGGGCCAUUUUAAUGUUUGUACGUCAAUUCUUUGGAUACUAGGAAAUAUUUUACCGGGGAAAAGUAUAUCGUUUAAUUUUAAAAUGUGUGUUCUUCAUAUUGCCUUCACAGUUGGAAAUGAUACCUUUAAAAGAUGGCAUCAUGAAUAUGAAUGCAAUAGUUGGUGACCAGCUUCCCAUGUUCGUGAUAAAUUCUUUCAUUUUGGCGAGUGAUGUA